UCUCCGGCGGAAGUGCUGUUAGUAGCUUUAGCAUUUUUUCGUUUAGCCUAGCAUGUAUGAGCCUGCAGGCGGCUGUGUUGUGGAUUGUCCGCUAUAGAGUUGCAGCUGCAGCAGCGAUGUCUUCAGUUCAGUCUCUGAGAGAAUUUAUCAGCGAGCGACUCACUGCUGCUGCUGAAGAAAUCUUCAGACAGUUUGAAAGGACCAUCGUCCAGUAUGAGGAAGAGAUAGAUCGUCAGCGCAGACUGCUGGAUAAUUGUAGCAGCUGGAAAAGAAACACAAACACAUCAGAUCAUGCACAGCUGCAUGUUUACAAGGAGGAAGAGGAGGAGCUCCUCAUCCACCAGGAUGGGAGCGUCAGUUCGGAGCAACUUCAACCAGAACCAGCUUGGGCCCAGGAGAAACCAGUAGAGGCCAGCAGCGGUUGUGAAGAGCGUCAGUUUAAAGUGAAAAUAGAGACGGACACCCCUGUGACGGCGCUGUCUGCAGAACCAUCCACAGUUUGUGGGGAGCUGCCCCUCUUCUGGAACGAGGAAGACAAGGAUGUGCAACACCACCUGCUGGGUAUCGGCUCAAACACAACAGACUUUCUUGUGCAAGAGAUAAGUGAGGAGGAAGAUGAUGAUGAUGUUAAUGCAAACCAAGAGCUAAGUGCCCAGGAGAGGAACCAGAAGGAAUCAGAAUUGGUACCGAUUGAAGAAAAAUCUGAGGAUUUCUUUGCAGGUCAAGAGGAUGAGCAACUUCAUUCUAAGCCAGUGACUGAUGUGUCUUUGUUGCCAAUAUUGCACGAUGAAGAAAACCUCCAGGACUCUAACCAGAGCCCAUCCAUGUCGCCGAAACCUUUCAUGUGCAGCUCCUGUGGAAGGAGAUUCUCCAGUCUGCACUUGUUGACAUAUCACAAAAGAACCCACACAGGCCAGCCGCCGUAUUCAUGCCAAAUAUGCAACCGAAAGUUUAUCCGGAGCUGCAACCUGCUCUGUCACAUGAAAACGCACUCGGGCGAAAAGCCCUUCCCUUGCAAAACCUGCGGUAAGACCUUCGGCCGAAGCUCUGACCUGCUCUGUCACAUGAGGAUUCACACUGGCGAGAAGCCUUACUCCUGCCAAACCUGUGGGAGGCGCUUCAAUCGGAGCAGCAGCUUGUCCCGCCACAUGAUCACGCACACGGGCGAGAAACCCUUCUCCUGUCAGACGUGCGGGGAGAGGUUUGGCCUCAACAGUCACUUGCUGCGCCACAUGAGAACCCACACAGGGGAAAAGCCCUUUGCUUGCACGAUGUGCGACAAGAGCUUCAGUCAGAGCAACAGUCUGUCCGAUCACAUGAGAACGCACACAGGCGAGCGGCCGUUCUCGUGCAGGGAGUGCGGGAAGAGCUUCAGCCAUAGGGGGGGCCUGACCGUUCACGCAAGAACCCACACAGGCGAGAAGCCAUAUUCCUGCGAAAUAUGUGGAAGGAGCUUCAGCGCCAGCACUAACUUAUUGCACCACACAAGACUUCACCACUGACUACGCCAAGCAGAGUGGGUUCUCGGGAGUGAGGGGACCCCAACGCACACAUCUGAGAAAGAAUUUAAAUGACCCUUCAGAUGAAGGGAGUUCAAAUCCAGGCGUCAAUGGCUGGUUUCUUCUUUUUCAAAGGACCCUUUUCUUUGCAACUAUUCUCUGACUGAGCAGGGAAUAGCAGGUAAUCUAAGUUUGUGGGAUAUCUGGGAAAAUUGGUAAAAAUGCAAGGCAGCAACUGUCAAGGCCUAAAUUUGCUUCCGUUUCCAACUAAUCAAUCGCAUUUUGUGGCGUUGAACAUCUGGAACCUCAGUUCUACCUAGAUUAUGCUCUUCUAUUAUUUCUAAGUAAGAGCUGCUUAAAGAGGCAAAUCUUUAUGACUUGUCUGUGUGUUCAGACAGUGUUAUGCCUUAAAUGUCCUUUUUUUUCAUUACUGAAUGACAUUUUUGAGACAAGAAACCUUUUCAAAGUGGUCAAAUCUGUGUCAUCAAUGCUGUGACCGAUGUACCAUACCGUUGAUGCUCCUUUUGAUCUAAUAGCUACGUAUUUAUUUAUCAUAACAUUUGUAAAUGUUGUUUUGUGGCGUUGCAGGUGUGAUGCAGCUGUCAGUACAGAUGAACAAAUCAAUAAAGGGUGGGCUAACUGC